GGGCGGAKUGAUGAGGGAYGAGUGGCAGUGGUCYCCACAGUGCCGACAACYGUCGCAGCCCAUGCAUGGCSGGUUGUCCGCUCCCUCGCCCAUGUCGGUGCCGCGGUCUGCUGCCGAGGCCUCACCUUCGCUGGCAGAAGUUCAACGAGAGGAUAUGGACGAGGGGUGGCCUGUCCAUAGUCGUGCUCCGUCUCCUGCCGGCUUGCAAGGUCCUUCCUUUGGUGGCGAGGAAGAUGACUUCGUUGGCGACGAUGAAAUUGAAGGUGAUGGCGGUGACGUUGAUGGGCAAAACUCGGACAACGCGCAGGAGGAGAGGGACAGUGCUACUGUUGGGGAAAGAGAUGGGGGCGAGAAUGAAGCGGGGCCCCAAAGCAGCAAGCGUGCAAACAAGCGGGGGGGGGAAGAUGCUGCUGCGAAAAGCAAGAAGCAAAACAUCCCCUGGUCCUUGGAUGAGAGGAUCGCGCUGUCCAGAAUUAUGGCCGAGGACCUGUGUAAUGCUUCGGGGAAACCUUCCUACUGGGACAUGACCCUUGAGGAGCGGAAGGCGGAGCAGGUUCCACUAGGCUUUGAGAAAGCUCUGUGGGAAGCGAUGGAGUGGAAACUGAAUCGGCCUUCCAUCAAGUGCGACAAGACGCUGGCGUCGGAGAACCUGCCAGCUAACACGGGGGGAAAUUCUUCGAGCAGCGGUCCUGCACGGCCGUCGUCGGGGAGGAGCGCUUCUGACGGGAAAGCAACAGAGGAUUCGGACCACGCAGCGAAGACACGGAGGACAAACACCGACAAAGCGAGGAUGGACGACACGAUCAGCGGAGGUACAGCAUUGGGUAGGGCGAUGGAGGACGUGACAAGGUCUUACGGCGAGGGUUUGGAUAAGGCCGUUGCAAGUCUGGCGAGGGCGGCGUCGGAGGCAGGCUCGGCGAUUGCGGCGAAGAUCGGUGACGUGGCAGAUGCCAUGCUUGGCGGAAACACUGUCCUUGAGAUGCUCGUGGGGGUUCUCGCAAGGCGUGGAGGUGGGGGGAACAAUGCUGCAUACGAUAGGGGGGAUACAGACCCCUCUUCGCGGUAAUAUAUAUAUAUAUAUAUAUAUAUAUAUAAAGAUGGGUACCGGCUGUCGUUUCCCACCCCCGACGUCCACAACGGCCGUC